UCGGAGAAGCACGUGCCACGUUGCUAGCACGUGUAUAUUUCUUUGCUUCACCGGCCGCUAUAAGGAUGUCGAAGCCAAUAGUGUUUGUAACUGGAAACACAAAGAAAUUGGAGGAGUUCGUGGCCAUUCUGGGAAAGAAUUUCCCUCGAGAGAUCACAAGUAAAAAGAUCGAUCUUCCGGAGUAUCAGGGAGAAAUCGAUGAUAUUUGUCGCAAUAAAUGUCGAGCGGCGGCGAGUCUAGUAAAGGGCCCGGUUAUUAUCGAGGAUACAUGCUUAUGUUUCAAUGCGAUGAAGGGUUUACCUGGCCCAUACAUUAAAUGGUUCCUCGAUAAAUUAGGUCCUGAGGGUCUUUAUCAAAUGCUACAUGGCUGGGAAGACAAAACAGCAGAAGCGGUUUGCACGUUUGCUUAUUGUGCUGGAGAACCAGAGGAUGCUGUUAUAUUGUUUCAGGGUCGAACACAGGGAACCAUAGUAAAUCCUCGAGGAUCACGAGACUUUGGUUGGGAUCCGUGCUUCGAACCCCUAAAUAGCAACAAAACGUAUGCAGAGUUACCAAAAGAAGUGAAGAACCAAAUUUCUCAUCGUAGCAAAGCACUGGAGAAGUUGAAAGAUUAUUUUUUAAAAGGUGUUGAACAUUGAUUGGACACAUUUUACAUCUAGCGGCUAAACAGUAUUCAUUUUAUAAUAAUAAGAACUUUUUAAAAUUGCUUAAACUCAGGAGUACAGUGAUGUAACUACCCAGUAAUGGAACAUUGUUUAUUAUUUUAUUUCUACCUAAAGAUUUGUUCUUCCCACAUGAAGGAUUGAAUAUCUCGAGAAAACACGCCGGGCACUUUGACCCAAUGUUAACGAGAUUUUCCUCUUAUCAUCGAAAGCGAUUUCACAGCAACAACAUAUUUCGGCUGGCUUGAUAAUGGCAAAGGAACUCUGACGUAGCUCGAGUAUUCUUAUACAUACUAUUGUAUCGAUCAUUCGAUUUAGUACGUUUCGUUGAUCGUUAAUCAUAGAUUUAUUGUAACACAGCAACAAUUAUAUUUGGUAAUCUAUAAUCUAUAUCAUAGAAACCGUAUGUAGUCAUAAUACAUUUAUCAAAAUCUUUGCAUUAUAUACUGUAUUGCUACAAUGUCUGGAUCAAUAAA